AUGUGUUUCCGCCCACGCUUUGAUUUCCCCUUGACCGUGCUGAUCUGUGUGAUUGUGUGUGAUGACCCCAAUACUGACGUAUAUUCUUUCUCUUCCUACAGAAAGAAGACAAAAUGCGAUAUGAGACAGCCCACUUGCGGGCUUUGCGAGAGGACUGGCGGGUCUUGCACCUUUCCCACCAGAAGAAAGACACCCGACGUGCGUCGGCUAUCCGCCACUCGCCAGAAUAAACCCAAAGUUGAUUCACGGAAGCUUGAACGCCUCGUUGACUUGCUCGAGUCACGACUCGGCGAUAGACAGGAUGUUGACAUGCUGGCGUGGCGGCUGUCUGAGAUGGACCAUUCGACUGUUGGUUCCAGCGACAGUGAAUUUCGUACAUUGACCUCGCUCGAUCAUAGGGAGCGAGCUCAACAGGCGCGGGAAGACAACGCCGACGAAGCCGUGUCCUUGACGAGAACCCCAACUAGUGCCUUAGAUAAUCACAUCACUGACGACUGGAUCUCCCGGGCCUCAUCCCUUCACUCCUUGAGAGAUGGUGACGGAGACGUAAACGCGGGUUGUGGGUGGUGGUUGGCUGUUCCGGAAAAAGUCCUUACUGAGCUUGUUCAUCUGUUUUUUGACAAGAUCCAAGGCUGGCUUCCACUUCUCCACCGACCGCGAUUCUUCGAUCAUUAUGUGAAGAAUUGCGUAUUCGAUAAACGAAGCGCACCAUCCUUUUCAAACACUGAGUCACUCCUACUGUGCGGCAUGUUUGCCCUCGCUGCCCGACACUCGUCAAACCCCUGUUUCCAGGACAUUCCAGCACCAAACCGGGGACAACGAUUCGCAGACGACGCAAGCAAGUAUUACGAGAUGGCUCGUACGUCCGAACAGAGCCCAACGCUUGGGUACCUUCAAGGCUGUAUCUUGCUCGCCUUCUAUCAGUACACUUCCGGGCCUUCCCAUCGCGCCUGGAUCCUUGCCGGUGACUGCGUUCGUCUGGCCUACGAUUUGAAUUUGUGCAACAUGGACGAGCAGCAAGACGACUGCCCGAAGCCAACAGAAUGGUCGUUUUUAGAGGAACAACGACGAGCGUUUUGGCUGGUUUGGGAACUUGAUACGUUUGGCUCCGUCAUGUCGAGACGUCCAUGCUCUAUCAACCGCUCAAUGAUAGCCGUACGGCUGCCUGUUAAUGACGGGGUCUGGUUCGCCGACAACCCGGUCAAGUCUCCCAUUAUUGAUCCGAGGCCGUCUGCAGUAUGGGAGAUACUACUCGAUUCGCCGAAUCAAGGCGAUCGAGCAUGGUACCUCGUUGGCAACUUCCUCAUGACCAUGACCAGCGAAUUCGCUGCCAGUCGACACAUUUGUACGCGCGAUAAGGACGAGCUCGUUGAUGCCAUCACAUGCUACUCUCUCGUCAUUUCGCAGAGAUUCAGCCUGGAAAGCCUCGAGCUCUCUGGUCACUCCGACGAUGCUGCAAAGCACAACUGGGUGAUUGGCAUGCACCUGAUGGUUGUGUGUAGCCGCGCUACGAUUCGGGCUAGUUUCGCAACGCAACGACCCGAGAUGCUGAGCUUCUCACGACACUUAUCUCAAAUCUUAUACCAAUGGCAACCCGAGUACAUCCGUUUGAGCCAACCGUUUCUUGCAUGCUGCUUGCUAUCAGGCCUGGCAUACCCCUCAGAAGAAACAGUUCCGGCCUCAGGUACGCCGUCCCACAGCACCGACAUGGUGAGGCUGGUGUUAUUACAGUAUGCCUCAGUCUGGAAUCUUGCUUCUGUUUUAUUAGAUCUAAGAGGAAUGUUGAUCCAUGGCGACCAUCCUUCGGCAGAGAUGUCGUUCGAAAAGCGUUUUGCUCUAUACUUCCCUCCUUGUGUCCACCCUAGGUCCUCCAAUUACCCUAACGUUAGCCGGUCUGGCUUAAUACGAGGGAUUACCGGUGAGAAAAUGGGGGAUGAUAAUAGGGGUAACGAAGACAACAGCCCCGCCCCCAUUCCAGGACUAAAACAGCUCACGCAACCCGGGGUAGAGUUGGAGCAUAUAGUGCCUGGAAUGGUCGAACUCGCCAGUAUAUCUAGUGGAGGAUUGUCCAAGUUCUUAGACUUUGAUGGCCGAAAUGAGUGGAAUUCACGAGACUCGCUCGAUUACGCCUUUGAGAACAAUGAGCAGUUGAACUAUGUUCAGUUGCAGGGGUUAAAAAGUGGCGGGUAUGCUGACGAACUAUACGUAGCCUAA